AUGGAGGUCGCAGCGUUGCCUCCGUGUGCCAUCGGCGCCGUCGGCAAGCGCAAAGGGGCGCCGGUUUGCGGCGCCUAUUGCUGCAAGGCAGCAGCGGGUCUCGAGGUCUACAACACCGACAAAGAGGCUGCACGCAAACGCCAGAAGCGCACGCCGGUCGCCGACCAGGCCGUUCCAUUUUUCAGCGGUGCGCUGAACGGCCUGGGUGCUCUCACCGAUGCCGAGUUCACGGCGGCCAAAGCGAAGGUGCUCUUUAACGGUACCAACAUGCCGGCGGCGACGUGCAGAUCUCCGCAGCAUCAGGCCCUACGCAUGUUGCCCGAGCACUUGCCGCACCAGCGGGCGCUCUGCCCGCUCCACCCCUUCCAUGCGGCCGAGAGGCCAGUCGCGGCGCCGGUCGAUGGUAACGAGGCGGCUUGCCCCAACUGCUAUUGCCUCAUCUGCGACGCGCGCGUGUCCGAGUGCGGUCACUGGCGGGGCGGCGACGCGCCAGCGCACUGCAAUGCACAUAGCAGCAGCGCACUGUGGCACCAGAAGCGCGUCAAUGCGAAGCGGCAGCGCACGCGGGCGGCGCGGGCAGCGCAGGCGUCGGACCCGCAGCCAGCGAUGCCUUCUCGAUCUGGUCUGAGGAGCGGGCUUGGGUGA